UAUAUAAUUUGUUUUAAAAGUUUGGUUAAUUUUCCCACCUAGUUUCUAAAGGUAAACUUGUGCUUCACCCGUCUCUCAGGCUUCUCAGUUUUUAAGUGCGUCUCUUCAUAAACACCCGCUAGCCCCCAUUUGCAUAUUUUUAAACCCUAAUUUUGCCCGAGUUCUUAAAUGGAUGAAAAACACGAGAAAAAGAGAAAAUUCAAGAAGAAGAAAGAGGAGAAAGCAAAAGCUUGGGAAGCGGUGAUGAGUAAUUUUACGGACGAUCUCUGGAUCGAGAUUUUCCUUCGCCUUCCAUUCAAGCCACUACUUCGAUUAAAAUCGGUCUCAAAAUCAUGGCUUUCCAUCAUUUCUAGCCAUCGUUUCGCCAAAUCUUACCUCGCCAACUCUGCGGAAGAUGACGACGAAAUUCUCAUUGUACAUAAAGAAUUUGAUUACGUUUACGAAGAAGAAGACGGCUCUUUCUCCCUCUUCCGCCUCGAUUCGGCUCGCAUUUCAAAGAAUUUGAAUUUUCCUUACUCGCAAGGUGAGUAUCAAUGCUCUAUUGGAGUCACAUCUGAACUUGUAGGUACGGAUUGUGGAAUUGUUUGUGUUGUUGUUAGAUUAUCGAACUGGCGUGCUGCUAAAAAGAAUUUUGAUAUCUAUCUUUGGAAUCCUGCAACUAAACACUCUAAACUACUUCCGUCUUAUACUACGCGUGAUGAACAUGGGACAAAUGGUACUUACGGUUUUGGUUUCGAUCACAUUGAUUAUGAUUUUAAACUUGUUAGAAUUGUGUCCGAUACUGCUGAGGUUUAUUCUUCAAACAUGAAUGUUUGGCGAACAAUUGAAUCCAAGCCAAUUUCUCAAUCCAGCAAUUUCCAUGCGCUUCACGGAUUUUUGUUUGCCAUACAUCAUGAUAGUAUGAUGGCUUUUAAUUUGAACAAGGAGGUGUUUAUUGGUGGAAUUAAACUCCCUGUUGUUUCUUUAGAUGAAGAAGAGAGUAGUAUUGAUAUCACUGUCUCGAAGGAUACUGUUGUUGCCAUUACUUGUGUUUUAGAAGAAGGUAAGAUUAACUUAUGGACAUUAGAUGAUGAGACAUGUGUUUGUAGUGGUGGAGUUGAGGCGUCUUGGACUAAAGUGCUCUGUGUUGAUAUAGGUGUGCCAGAUGAAUUUUUCUGUGUCCUUUACAGCAAUUUUGAGUUUAUACUUAUUGAAAAGGAUGGUGACCGGAUUUUGUAUAACUGGAACACGAAAGAGACCACAGAUGUCGCUGUUCGUCCUUAUCUUGAAAGGGGUGAAAUUUUUAAAUAUACAAAGAGCUUGUUUUCACUCGUAGGAUCCAAACGUAUCAUGUGGGCAAAUUCAUAUCGGAACUUGCGAUUUUCAUCGGACUGGGAUGGUGGAAGUGAUGCUGGAGAUGAUUAAGUGUUUGGAGAUUAUGUUUGAAUAUGGUUGUCGUUGACAUUUUGUCACUGACUUAUGCUUUAUAUUCUAAGACUUUUCGAACUGUGUACUUGAUUCCGUAUUAAUUAUCUGCAUUUCAACAAGGAAGAGGUGUUUAUUUGUGAUAUCAACUCCCUUCAAGUGCUUUUGAUGAUUAUCAGCAACACUUGGUGUUGAUGCCUUUUAAUGAGGGUUUGAGAACAACGUGAAAUUCUUCCCCACAAUAGCUUUUCCAGAGAAUUUAUAGAAAGAUUGUACAACUAGAGACUGACACAAUCAGAGACAAUGAGGAAGCGCUAUCGUUAUUUGAGUCAUUUUUCUUUAACUACAACAUAUCAGGUAGUCACCUAACCUAUCUAGAUCGAAGGUCCAUCAUUACAUAUUUUAUCUUUUUCGAAUUUUCAGCUUUGUGAGAAUGAUCUCAGUGACAGUUUACCUCUUGAUGCCUUGUGUCCAUUCAUCGAUGAAAUAUAAAACAGAGAAAAGCAGCGAAAGCGGGUCGCUAGAAAGGUGAGAACAGUAUAAGGGGAGGGGGAAAUUACCAUUCCCUCCUCUUCGAAAGGCCAAUAUGCUUAUAAUAGCGAUAAUCCUGAGCCAAUAGAAAGGACUGUCCUCUAUGAAUAUUUCAUCAGAAUUAGACUAGCUAGUGACAUUACUUUGCAUAAUAGUAGUAUGAUUGUGUUUGUAUUACUUUAUUACACUUUAAUAUCAGACUAUGCAAUGUCUGGAUGGUAUUAGUGGAAUCUGCGAGUAGUAAACAAGGAUGAUUCUCUUUUAGAGUUGUAUUCUGAUUAGGACAUAAAAAAGGAUGGAUACUUGUAAUCUAAACAGAUUAUUAUUAUAAUUAUUAUAUAUAUUCUGUGUGAAUAUCUCUGUAUUAGGUAGGCAAUUGUGUGAAAACCCUAAUUCUGACCCCACUCCAUCAAUUAAGUUGGGGGUUUUCGUAAAUUUAGUCAAAUAAAUUCUACCCUUUUGGCGUCUUUCUGUAAUUCUGUUGUUGCCAAUCUUUGUUGGUUGCCGUUGCAACCUAUGCAAUUGCUUAGGUUCAAAGUCUCGACUGGCUGAAACUUUGCACUUAAAUUUACAGCACACAUUAAAAAAGCACCUCAAAUCUACUCCUUUUCCAACUAUGUGCUACCUCAGCCUUAGCUUUAUUGUCUUUGUUUGUCACACUCUCUCUUAUGUGACCACACUUGCAUAGGCGGACUAGUUUGAGAUAAGACAAGUGAGUGGUGAUUUUCCCCUUUAAAAUUUUAAAUUAUAGUACAAAGUAUUCUACAUUUAAUCUAUUAUGUUAUGAGCUACCUUGAAUUUUUGAUACAAUCUUUUCACAGAAGGUUGAUUUAGGUUGAAAUCUUGCUAAUAUUCAUGCAUCAUGUCGGUGCUCAGUUGUUGAAAAUACUGGUGUUUAAGGUUAAUUUAUUCUCCCUUGAAAAAUACUAUCCUAUGUAAAUCUCUACUGAUUUGAGGAGCAGAAAGUACAUUACUAACUCAUUUUAUGAUAUCUAUGGAUCUGAUGGAUUUCCUGCGAGAGCUUCCCGGAAGACAGGCUCUAAAGCUACGAUGCAAGUAACUUGUGAUCAUCAAAUUCAUACUUUCUGUUGUAUGAGCUUUCCUGAUACUAUCAUGGUUUGUGUUGGUACCUAAACCCAUUAAUCAGGUAGCUUCCAUGGUGUCCACACUCCGACAGCAAAGAAAUGCCGUGGACAAAAGGAUAUUGAAGAUCUCAGAACUGGGUGUUCCAGUUUGAUACCCACGACUAAAACGAUUCGCUGAGACUGAAUGUAUUCACGCUGAGACUGAAUGUAUACUAAAUUCGAUUGUUUAGUACUUGUAUUUCACGGAACCUUUUUAUUUAUAACAUGAUUUCUUUAUUAUAAUUAA